AUGGAAGCUGUGUUCCUCAACUCUUUCUCACCGCCGUCAGCAGUCGCGCCAGAUAAAGUCUUGAGAGUGUGUGAUCAUAAGAGGAAUUGGUGCUUGUUGAGGAGAAAAAAGAGUGUGGUGUUGUGCCAAGGGUCAAGUAGUGGCAAUGUUGUAAAGACUGGCGGGUUUUCUUCCGCGGCAAUGAGGGAUGCCGGAAGCCUGGUUUUGACUCCGAAUGAUCAGAAGAGCCCGAAAGAGAGUAACAUCGCAGUGAAGGAUUUGGUGCCUUUUGGCGGCUCAUCUUCCUCCUCUUUGGUGGAGAUGCAUGAUGGCAUUGGAAUUGUAAAAUUUCUUAGAGGAAAAGGGUUUUUCAUAACUGGUGCAACCGGGUUUCUAGCAAAAGUUCUUAUCGAGAAGAUAUUAAGGACAGCGCCGGAUGUGGGGAAGAUAUUUCUAUUGAUCAAGGCAAGAAACAAGGAAGCUGCAAUGGAAAGAUUAAAAACUGAAAUCAUAAAUGCGGAGCUUUUCAAGUGUCUAAGACAAACUUACGGAAAAUCUUAUCAAUCCUUCAUGUUAAGCAAGCUAGUUCCUGUGGUAGGAAAUGUGUGUGAAUCAGAUCUUGGCAUAGAAGAUGAUGUAGCCAGUUUGAUUGCGAAAGAAGUUGAUGUAAUUGUAAAUUCUGCAGCCAACACUACAUUUCAUGAAAGAUAUGAUGUAGCUAUAGAUAUAAACACAAAAGGACCUUGCCACCUUAUGGCCUUCGCAAAGAAGUGCAAGAAACUUAAGCUCUUUCUGCAAGUUUCGACCGCUUAUGUUAAUGGACAAAGGCAAGGGAGAAUUAUGGAAAAGCCAUUUUAUAUUGGCGAAAGCAUAGCGGGCGAAAGUCACAUAUCUGAAACCCCACCAGGAUUUUUUUCCCUUGAUGUCGAAAAUGAAAUAAAAUUGGCUUUGGAUUCCAAGGGAGCUUAUGAAAACAAUGAGGUUGCUCAAAAGAUGAAAGAGUUGGGUUUAGAAAGGGCACGAAAGUACGGAUGGCAAGAUACGUACGUGUUCACCAAGGCAAUGGGUGAAAUGAUGAUUGAUAACAUGAGAGGUGACAUACCCGUAGUCAUAAUCCGGCCUAGUGUCAUCGAAAGCACUUGCAAAGAGCCAUUUCCUGGUUGGAUGGAAGGAAAUAGGAUGAUGGAUCCAAUAGUUUUGUACUAUGGAAAAGGGCAGCUCACAGGUUUUCUAGUCGAUCCAAAUGGAGUACUCGAUGUGGUUCCAGCAGACAUGGUUGCUAACGCAAUGUUGGCGGCGAUUGCAAAUCAUGGAAUGGCUCAGAAACAAGACAUAAACAUCUACCAGAUUACUUCGUCAGUUGCAAACCCUUUGGAUUUCCAAGAACUGAGCGAACUGCUCUAUGAGCAUUACAACUCCUCGCCAUGCAAGGACGCGAAAGGCAGGCCAAUCCAAGUUCCAUCGAUGAAACUCUUCAGCUCGAUGGAAGAUUUCUCUGCUCACAUUUGGAGAGAUGCCCUCCAACGAAGCGGGUUGACAGCGUUGUCUUCCUCAAACGGGAAGCUGUCUCACAAGCUAGAAAUGAUUUGCAGAAAAUCAGUUGAGCAAGCAAAGUACUUGGCCGGCAUUUAUGAGCCAUAUACUUUCUAUGGUGGAAGGUUUGACAACAGCAACACUCAGAGACUGAUGGAGAGGAUGUCAGAGGAAGAAAAGAGGAAGUUUGGAUUUGAUGUUGGAAGCAUAGAUUGGAAGGAGUAUAUUACAAAUGUUCAUAUUCCAGGUCUUAAGAGGCACGUCUUGAAGGGCAGAGGGGGUUUGUAG